GUUUCCUUUUCGCACCGAAAUCAAACAGUCCUGCCUGGCUGCUGACUCACCUCCCCGAUCGUCCAAAUCCAGCUCAGUCCCUUCAAUGUUGCUGUUCCACCCGCCAUCAAUCAUGGCCUGGUUUCGGACCCUGACCCGAAUGUCCGCCACAGCCAAAUCUUGGCCGCCUCCGCUUCUACCUUCGCCACUCAGAACCGUACCCACCGCCCCAGUAGCCUCCGCGUCUCUGCUGCUGACCUCGCUUCGAAACUUCAGCACAGGCACCGCCGCCUCCCCUGCCGUCGAGGAUCGUCCUCCGCCGCAUCUGUCGCAGUCUCCGACCCACUGCGGAGACCUGGGGCCCACCGAAGGCGGCGAGAAGCCGAGGGUGGUGGUGCUCGGAUCCGGAUGGGCCGGCUGCCGGCUGAUGAAGGGAAUCGAUACCAGCAUCUACGACGUCGUGUGCGUCUCGCCGAGGAAUCACAUGGUUUUCACGCCUCUCCUGGCCUCCACUUGCGUCGGGACCCUGGAGUUCAGGUCGGUUGCCGAGCCCGUGGGUCGGAUCCAACCCGCAAUUUCGAGGGAACCCGGAUCCUAUUUCUUUCUCUCCAAUUGCAAGGGGAUCGACGCUAAGAACCACCGGGUGAUUUGUGAAACUGUGACUGAUGGACCCAACACGCCGGACCCGUGGAAGUUCAACAUUUCGUAUGACAAAUUGGUAAUUGCCUUGGGAGCUGAGGCCUUGACGUUUGGCAUCCAUGGUGUGAAAGAACAUGCGAUUUUCCUCAGAGAAGUUCAUCAUGCCCAGGAGAUAAGGAGGAGGCUGCUCCUGAAUUUGAUGCUGUCUGAUGUCCCAGGCACUACAGAGCAAGAGAAGAGCAGGUUGCUGCAUUGUGUUGUUGUUGGGGGCGGCCCGACGGGAGUUGAAUUCAGUGGAGAGCUUAGUGAUUUCAUCAUGAGGGAUGUUCGCCAAAGGCACGCCCACGUCAAGGAUUACAUUCGUGUUACUUUGAUUGAGGCGAAUGAGAUUUUGUCUUCCUUUGAUGAUCGUCUGCGGCGGUAUGCUACCAGACAGUUGACUAAGUCAGGGGUUCAUCUUGUUCGUGGGAUAGUCAAGGAUGUUGAACCUGACAAGAUAGUUCUUGACAAUGGGACGGAGGUUCCAUACGGUUUACUGGUUUGGUCUACAGGCGUUGGCCCUUCAUCUCUUGUCAAAUCUCUUGACCUGCCUAAAGCUCCUGGUGGAAGGUAAGUUUUGUGCUCUUUCUUAUUCUCCGUGACUUAUGCACAGGUUCUCUGGCUAUCUCAAGUUUCUAGUUGCUUCUUCAGAUAGUGUCUUUUAGGUAAUCUAAAGUUUUCAACUUAAGUAUAAUGGAUAGUGGAAACUGCAUCCGGAUUUGAAGUACGUAAGCUCUUGAUAAAUUGUUCGACUACCUCCCCUUUGCUUAUAGAAUCGGGAUUGAUGAGUGGCUGCGGGUAGCCAAUGUGCCGGAUGUGUAUGCAAUUGGUGACUGCAGUGGGUUUGUCGAAAGCACUGGUAAACCAGUCCUGCCCGCUUUAGCCCAGGUUGCAGAGCGGCAGGGAAAAUAUCUUGCGGGCCUACUGAAUAGAAUUGGCAAAGCGGGAGGAGGGCGUGCAAACAGUGGAGCGGAAGUAGACCUUGGGGAUCCAUUUGUGUACAAGCAUCUGGGAAGCAUGGCUACACUUGGGCGGUACAAGGCUCUUGUGGAUCUUAGACAGAGCAAAGAAGGUAAAGGGAUAUCCCUGGCUGGUUUCUUGAGCUGGUUCAUAUGGCGGUCAGCAUAUCUUACACGGGUGAUAAGCUGGAGGAACCGGUUUUACGUUGCUGUUAACUGGCUUACUACCAUGGUGUUUGGUCGCGAUAUCAGCAGAAUAUGAGAGGCCGAGGGAGGAUUCAGUUGAAUUGCAGGCACGGCGUAAUAGCUAAUUCCACGGCGAGCAAUUAUGCAUACUGUUCCUCUGCUUCAUAUCUAAAAGCUUAUUCUGUGGUUGGUGAUUAUUGGAGCCAACAACAUAGAUGUCUAGGUACAGUUUUAUUUUAUGUUUCUCAAACAAACAAGGGAUGUACACUGUUAAAACGUCAUUCCUAUACGACACAUAAAUGUGCUGUACAUUUUCCGUGCCUGAGCUUUUAGCUUUAGUUACCCUGUUCCAUACAGCUUUACUUCAGUGCAGACGACAAUGCAUUAUAAAAUUGCACGCCUUAGACUUUUUUCACUUCUGCAUUAGGGUUUUUUUUUUUUUAUAUAUAUAUUGGAUGUAAUGCAUUGUUGGAUCGCGCUCGACGCAGCUGAAUCGAUGCUGUAGUAUUUUCAUGGAAACUUACCAGUUAGUCAAAUGAGAG